AUGAGCUUAGCUUCAGUUAUCCACCACGGAGUUCUCUCUCCGGCGAAACCGGAUCGAAUCUUUGUUACCAUUCCAGUGAUUCCGCCGAACCUCCGAGCUCGUGGAUGGACUGAGUCUCCUUUCUCUCUCCUUACAAAUCCCUCUCUCGUUUCAGCUACAAAUCUUCGUUUCCCUCGUCUUUCUCCCAUUGCUUGCUCCCGACAGGAAGAUGAUGUUUCUUCUUCAGAGAAGGAGAGCAGAGACCUUCUACCACAUAAAGAAGGUCUGAGAGAUACUUUACAAGAUGAGACUUAUAAAACUUCCUUCAAGACUGUUGCCUUGUGUGUAAGUGCUGCGGUGGCAUUUGGAAUCGGAAUAGGUUUGAAGGAUGGUGUUGGCAAGGCAUCAGAGUUUUUUGCUGGAUAUUUAUUGGAACAAAGCUUGUCAGUGGACAACUUGUUUGUUUUUGUUCUCGUCUUCAAGUACUUCAAAGUGCCACUCAUGUAUCAGAAUCGGGUGCUUACCUAUGGUGUAGCUGGUGCAAUUAUCUUCCGCUUCACCCUCAUAUUAAUAGGAACAGCUACUCUUCAGAAAUUUGAAGCAGUCAACCUUCUUCUUGCAGCAGUUCUCUUAUAUUCGUCUUUCAAGUUAUUUUCAAGUGAAGAAGAUGAUACAGAUCUAUCGGACAACUUCAUUGUGAAGACAUGCCAGAGAUUUAUUCCUGUCACAUCAACUUAUGAUGGGAAUCGUUUUUUCACAAAGCAUGAUGGCAUUUGGAAAGCCACACCUUUACUUCUCACAGUAGCAGUGAUCGAGCUCAGUGACAUAGCAUUUGCUGUUGACUCAAUACCAGCUGUUUUUGGCGUCACAAGGGAUCCUUUUAUUGUCUUAACCUCUAAUCUGUUUGCAAUCCUAGGACUAAGGUCUCUGUAUACCCUUAUUUCUGAAGGAAUGGACGAUCUGGAAUACUUGCAGCCAUCAAUAGCAGUGGUUCUAGGCUUCAUCGGAUGCAAGAUGAUCCUCGACUUUUUUGGCUUCCAUGUAUCAACCGAGGCAUCACUUGGUAUCGUGGCACUGUCUCUUAGCACCGGAGUACUGUUGAGCCUAACAAAUAAAUCCGGCGAUAGCUAACUAAGAACGUGGAACAGAUUACAAAUUUAGCCAAUCAAACAGUUCACUAGAACAAAAUCGCAUAGUUCAUUAAGUCAUUCCACAGAUGAGUUACUGUAGAUAUAGAACAGAGAAGAGGGCAUACUUUGUAAGACAUAUUUGUUCGUUUAAAUGAUUUUACUUUUUGCUUCGUCGUUCAUACAUACUCUAAAAGCUGCUUCUAACUCGAUACUGAUGAGACUGUUUAUGUUCAGAGUUGUGUUAUGCUCCAUACUCAUGAUCAUAUAAUGGAUAUUCAACAUUAAUGUCUGCUACUAGUAUUGU